AUGAAGCCAUACCAUUAUACAAUUGAUCAACUCUACCGUGACUGGCGAUAUGCCGUCGAGAAGGACUUUGUCACCGCUGAUGGGGAGGCUUUUCCUUACGCCCCAGGUGGUCACUUGCAAUGGGGCAACGAAGAUAGAAUGCUUUCUCUGAGCGGAAAGCCGCGCGAUGCUUGUCUCAGCGGUGAUGGCAAGAGGGCAGCAAUCGUUGUCGAAAAGAGAAUCCAAGUCAUCGAUACGGAGACUUGGGCGACCAUUACUGUUCUCAAAGGCCACACGCGCCCCGUAGAUGGCCUUGCGUUCAAACCAAACGACAGCAACAUUCUUGUUUCGUCUGAGGGAACAGAUGCUGAUCAGAUCAGUCGUGACGCUGAGCCGACCAUCAUUGUUUGGGAUAUCGACAGAGCCAAGAAGGCUCCCCGCUUGGAUGAGUCUGAUCUACAUGUCGUUUCCAAGGCCGCUAUAGUCGUCGCGGCCUCGAAGUUGGAGGGUCUCGGUUUGGAACUGAAGGGUCCUGGGCAAGCAGAACUUGAAACUGCUCUAGUGUCUGAGAUCGACCGAGUCAUGGCGAAGCAAAACGUCGCGGACAACAUUUGCAUCUGCGGCCGUCUCCAAAUCGGCCAUCAGCCCGAUAUCUUCAAUCCAUCCGGGACUCAAAUGGUGUAUUCGCCCGGAUAUGCCCCAGAAUCAGACGAGUCUGUUACUUGGGAUGUUGUGAUUUGCUCGACGGAUGACUUUAAACCGGUCUUGACUCUGAAAGGCCAUACCGAUGAUAUCAAGUGGGCUGGCUGGAGCCCUGAUGAAACGCUCCUUGCAACUGUCUCAUUCGACAAGACGAUUCGUAUUUGGGAUGCUGUUCAGGGUCAUCAGGUUCACUGUUUCGAAACAGACCGCUAUAAUUGGGUCGGCGCCUUUAGCCCCAAUUCGCAGCAUUUCGUCGCCACAGACGGGUUCGGCAUCAUUCGUGUCUAUGCGCUUCUUGCGGACGAGACCCUGCAUUGGCAAUUCCAAGCUGAGGGCCCAAAGAUGUGGAGGCCUUCAGUCGCCUGGCAUCCAAAUGGGAAACUGGUAGCCAUCGGUGGGAAGAGGGACGGUGAAAUCCUUCUCUUGGAUAUUGCCAAGAAAGAGGUCGUCCAGAGGCGACUGCUUUCGUGCAAAGACACAAAGAUUGAAGGCGAGACGCCUUUGGUGAUACCGGGACGCUUCGUAGGUGUAAACGAGAUCAAAUUUGUAGACGGAGGGAACAAGCUCGUGGUGUGGGUGAGUGGUGAUGGCAGCAUCGAGGUGUUUGACCUGAACAAGGAAGUGAAGUGGAGGUUUGCGAGAGGUGGCACCGAGGAUGGGCCAGAGGCUGAGAAGUGGAGAGAUGAGAAUGGAAAGGUGACGAGUGAAGCGGGAUCUGGUAUGUUGGUCUUGGAGAGAGAAGGGAAGUUGACUCUGGCCAGCGUUGACUUUGAUGGCGUUCGACUUUGGACUGUGCCAUUGACGGAUUGA